ACCGGGUCGGGUUUAUUCUCCCUUUUCAAAACACCCAUUUCCACAAAUCUUCCAUUUCCAGUUUUCCACACCUUCUCCUUCAAACCUUCCUCACUCGCAAUCCAUUUUUGCUCUGUCGAAUCGCCGUCGUUGACUCCGAUCACCGGCAGCAGAGAUGAGCGGACACGAUUCAAAGUACUUCUCCACCACUAAAAAAGGCGAAAUCCCUGAGCUUAAAGAAGAACUCAAUUCACAGUACAAGGAUAAGAGAAAGGAUGCUGUUAAGAAGGUGAUUGCUGCCAUGACUGUUGGGAAGGAUGUCUCCUCACUAUUCACAGAUGUCCUGAACUGUAUGCAGACAGAAAAUUUGGAGCUCAAAAAGCUUGUGUACCUGUAUCUCAUCAAUUACGCUAAAAGUCAGCCUGAUCUGGCUAUACUUGCAGUCAAUACAUUUGUAAAGGAUACCCAAGACCCAAAUCCUCUGAUUCGCGCGUUAGCUGUUCGAACGAUGGGAUGCAUCCGAGUCGAUAAAAUUACAGAAUAUCUUUGUGAUCCCCUUGAGAGGUGUCUUAAGGAUGAUGAUCCUUAUGUUCGAAAGACAGCUGCUAUUUGUGUUGCUAAACUUUACGACAUUAAUGCCGAGUUAGUUGAAGACAGAGGCUUUCUGGACGGUCUUAAGGAUUUGAUAUCCGACAAUAACCCUAUGGUUGUAGCAAAUGCUGUUGCAGCUCUUGCGGAAAUUCAAGAUAACAGCAGUAAACCCAUCUUUGAGAUCACCAGCAAUACACUUACAAAGCUCCUUACUGCUCUGAACGAAUGCACUGAGUGGGGUCAAGUUUUCAUAUUGGAUGCUCUUUCUAAGUACAAGGCAGCCGAUGCUCGUGAAGCUGAAAAUAUUGUAGAGAGAGUCACUCCUAGACUACAACAUGCAAAUUCUGCUGUUGUUCUUUCAGCUGUUAAGAUGAUCCUUCAACAAAUGGAACUCAUCACCAGUCCAGACGUGAUUCGGAACCUUUGCAAGAAAAUGGCUCCUCCUCUUGUAACAUUACUUUCCGCCGAACCUGAGAUUCAAUACGUUGCAUUAAGGAACAUCAACCUUAUUGUACAAAGGCGUCCCACGAUCCUUGCCCAUGAAAUUAAGGUGUUCUUCUGCAAGUACAAUGAUCCGAUUUACGUGAAGAUGGAAAAGUUGGAGAUCAUGAUAAAGCUUGCUUCAGAUAGAAAUAUUGACCAGGUAUUGUUGGAGUUUAAAGAAUAUGCUACAGAAGUAGAUGUCGAUUUUGUAAGAAAAGCUGUCCGUGCUAUUGGGCGUUGUGCUAUCAAGUUAGAGAGAGCUGCGGAACGUUGCAUUAGUGUUCUUCUAGAGCUGAUCAAAAUUAAAGUAAAUUAUGUCGUGCAAGAAGCUAUUAUAGUCAUUAAGGAUAUAUUUAGACGAUAUCCCAACACUUAUGAAUCUAUCAUUGCCACACUUUGUGAGAGUUUGGACACUUUGGAUGAGCCAGAGGCCAAGGCAUCAAUGAUUUGGAUAAUCGGUGAAUAUGCUGAAAGAAUUGAUAAUGCCGACGAACUUCUUGAAAGCUUUCUGGAGAGUUUCCCUGAAGAACCAGCGCAAGUGCAAUUGCAGUUGUUGACUGCCACAGUCAAACUUUUUCUAAAAAAGCCAACUGAAGGACCACAGCAAAUGAUACAGGUUGUUUUGAAUAAUGCCACCGUGGAAACCGACAAUCCAGAUCUACGAGAUCGUGCAUACAUAUAUUGGCGCCUUCUGUCAACCGAUCCAGAGGCUGCCAAAGAUGUCGUUUUAGCCGAAAAACCGGUGAUCAGUGAUGAUUCAAACCAAUACGAUUCAUCUCUUCUAGACGAGCUUCUUGCAAAUAUUGCUACUUUGUCUUCUGUGUAUCACAAACCGCCUGAAACAUUCAUAACCCGUGUGAGGACUGUUCAAAGAACCGAAGAAGAAGAGUUCCCCGACGGUAUUGAAGGCGCGUAUGCCGAAACAUCAUCUACAUUGGUUGUCGAUGGUGUUGCACCUCCACCACCUACUUCAACUGCCGCUAAGCCGCCAACUGCCGCUCCUGCUCCUGUGCCAGAUUUACUUGAUCUUAUGGGUCUUGACGGUGGUGAUGAUAAUGCUAUUGUCUCGGUAGAUCAUCCUGCAACCGAUGCAGGGCCACCUCUACCCGUGUUAUUACCAGCAGCAAGCGGUCAAGGUCUCGAAAUUAGUGCACAGCUGGUUCGUAGGGACGGUCAGAUAUUCUACAGUUUAAUGUUUGAGAACAACACAAACAUCCCGCUGGAUGGGUUUAUGAUCCAAUUCAACAAAAAUACAUUUGGUCUUGCUGCUGGUGGACCACUUCAGGUCCCACAAAUUCAACCGGGAACAUCGUCACGAACGCUUCUUCCUAUGGUUCUGUUCCAGAAUGUAGCUCCAGGUCCACCUAACUCACUUUUGCAGGUUGCGGUGAAGAAUAAUCAGCAGCCUGUUUGGUACUUUAAUGAUAGAUUAUCGUUACUCGUUUUGUUCACCGAGGAUGGAAGAAUGGAACGUUCUACUUUCCUUGAGACAUGGAAGUCAUUACCGGAUUCAAACGAGGUGUCAAAGGAUAUCGCAGGUAUCGUGAUAAACAACGUGGAUGCGACUAUAGAACAGCUGGCUUCUUCCAACAUGUUCUUUAUCGCCAAACGUAAGAACGGGAAUCAAGAGGUUCUAUAUCUGUCAGCCAAAAUCCCAAAAGGAACCCCAUUCUUGAUUGAACUUACAGCGGUCAUUGGUGUUCCGGGCAUCAAGUGUGCUAUCAAAUCUCCGAGCCCCGAUAUGGCUCCGUUGUUCUUUGAAGCACUUGAGAGUCUCCUCCGGGCGUGAUUCGUUCGUAUGUUGUGGUUCUCUCGGCUAUCGUUCUCAUUGGAGUUGAUUAAGUUUGACUCGAUUAGGCUCGAAUAAUUUGGUAUAAGUUUGACUUGUUUUAUGGUGAUUAUGAUUUGAUUUUUUUUCGACAAUAGUUUUCUUUUUCUUUGCAGUGUUGUUCUCGUUAAGAUAUUGAAAUCGCAAGUAUCAUCCAGUUUUGGGCAAAGUGUGAAAAUAUUAUUAUAGAAACAAUUCAAUGUAUGUUGACACUCGGCCGUUAUGGAUAUAUUGUUUUUAUUUAUAUU